AUGGAUAAAUCUAAAUUAUUAAUUGUGUUUAAUAAUAAAGUUUUGUAUAGAUUGAUCUUUUAUCAUGUUAGUAGCCUGCCAAAGAGUAGUAGUAGUUCUAGUUUGAAAUGGGAUCAAUUAAUAAAGAGACCAGAUAUUCUAGCUAGUUAUAAUUACCUAAGAGAGCUAAAGCUUUAUCUCGCAGAUAAUAGCAAUCACAAUAUUAAAAAGCCAAAUAUGUCAACGAUAGAAAAUGCAAUCAGGUAUGGUAGUCUGGAGAUGUUAAUAUUCCUUUUGGAGCACCAUCAGUUUGAAAGAAGAAUAACAAUGAGAGCGGUACAAGGGGAUCUCAAUGAGAUUCUAUCGAUUGCCACCAAAUAUAGCAGAGACGAUAUCAUUCAGUAUCUACUCGAUCGAUUUGCCUAUGACAAUUGGGAUUACUACAGUGCACUGAUGAACACUACACACCUAGCUGACGUGGAUCUAUUGAAAUUCUUUUCCACCAAACUAUUAGCUGAUAACAAUGUCAAACAAACCAAUAAUAUAUUCAGAGAGAAACGGCAACAAUCUCCACUUCUAUCGGAUGAUAAAUACAUUAAAAUGAUCAAAUAUAUAUUCUCAGAGAAUAGAAAUAAACAUUUGGUUGGUGAUAUCUUUAUGUCUGCUAUCGUUAACAAUCGAGUGAAUGUAGUAGAGUAUUUGUUGACGAAUCAUAAAAGUCGAUUUCCUAAUCUCACUAGAUUCUUGGUGGCUGCCUCACAAUCGUUGGAUAGAUUCGAAACAUUCAAAUGGAUAUUCAUUGGACAGAGUAAAAGUAACUAUCAAGUGAUGCGCAACGCUUGUUUAACUGGCAAUCUAAAUAUUCUCUCAAUGAUUGACACUCAACCAUCUAUGUAUCCCGAAUACCCAAUGGAUAUUGCAUCGGGAGCAGGACACCUAAAUUUAGUAGAGGAUUUACACAACCAAUACACCCAACGCUGUUGUUCAACACAAGCUAUCGACAAUGCAGCAGCUGGAAAUCAUAAGCGAGUGGUUAAGUGGCUAUAUGAAAAUCGAACAGAAGGUGGUUCACCACGAUCCCUUAGCUUGGCUGCGAAAAACGGUCAUUUCGCAAUGGUGAAAUGGCUCAUAGAGAACAGACCAGAAAUACAAUAUUCCCGUUGUAUAAUGGAUGAUUGUGCGUACGGUGGUAAUGUAGAGAUCCUAGAGUAUUUUGAGCAGAUCUCUGAUGCUAACAUUUGCAGACCAGGUAUACUUGAGAGCAUUGUAGAGCUUGGUCAUCUCAACGUCAUAAAAUAUCUACACGAACGCAAUGAAGGAAGCAAUAAUCGAUAUUCAUUCAAUGAGAAUACAAUGAAUCUUGCUGCCAAGCAUGGACAUCUCAAUAUUUUAAUGUGGUUAGACGAAAACCGUACCGAAGGUUGUACUAAAGGAGCUUUGUUUGGUGCAUGGAAAGAAACACGUGAAAUCGUAGAAUGGCUAUUAAUCAAUCGAACUGAAUUCACUGUUAUUGAGCUCACUGAGCUAUUUUCAUUGAUUGAUCUUCUCAUAGAAAAAAAUUUUUGUGAUACUUUGGAAUGCCUGUUAACUCUUCGACCAAUCACAAAAGAACAACUCACUUUUUGUUACAACGAAGCACUCAAACAAACUCCUCCACCAUUUGAAUCAAUAAUUACAUUAGAACAAUUUAUGAAAAAUUAA